AUGGUGAACAACGCUAUGCGAUGUGCGACGGAAGCUGCUGAGAAGGCAGCUGCGCGCGUUAAUUCUGCUGCUCUUGACAAUGCUCAUACUCUCGCGGCAGACGAUGCUUACAAAGUUGCCUCUUCGACUCUUCCUACAGCAGCAGUUGCUGCAGAGGAACAUGGUGCGUCACCGCGCAUUAAGGAUGGUGAGGGUUCCUAA